CCGGUGUUUUGUUUGUUUGUGCAAAAUAAUUUGAAUUUACAAUAAUUUUUGCGCUAAGUUUUCACUUGUAUUUGUGCUCCAUAAAAAGCGUUGAUUUUAAAUCAUUAUUACCCAUAAAUAGGCGCUCCGUAGUUCCAAAAUAUGGAGGAGUGGGAACGACUAGUAGACGGGUAUCCGAAGAAUCCGGACGUCAAGCUCUUCAUCAAAGUGCUGAAGACUGCAGAGGUCGCGUUGAAAGAAGACCUGGCUCCGUUUGAAUUGGAUUGGGUAACCAGCACACUAUUCUUCAAGCCAGUGUCUCUGUUCGAUACCAUAUCUGCUAAACGUAACGAUGCAGCUUGGAGCAAGCCUAUAAGUGAUGCCUUCAAGCUAAUUGGUGAAAUUGUUGACAAAUGUCAGCCAGAGCAUCUGUUUGAAAACAUUGUCACGCUCUGUCUUCUCUCCUACACGCCAAACAUCCGCAAGGACGCGCUGUCGUGCUUGGCGCGCGUUGCACGUCAAUCGGCGGAGGGAGCGCGUGACGCGCAACGACUUAUCACAGAACUGCAAGACUCGAGCACUAGCAAGACACAGCUGGCUGUGCUUGUAGGUGUGAUAGCAGAAUUCCACCCCGAGUUGGUGACAGAAUCAGCAACGAGAAUAUGGAGGAUAUACUUAAACUUACUGGAGUCUAACAAGAACACGGACACAGUGAUAAACUCAGUGCUGCAAGGCCUGUUAGGCCUCUUCAAACACUUCGGGGUGGACCUGCCCAUCAUAGAGUUUAGAGAUCUCUAUGAAAGGAUCUCUAAAGAAUACAUUUUCAAGAGCAAAUGUGAAGAGGUGUGCCAUUCAAUAUUGGAGCAUCACGCCGACCUAUUCAAGGAGCUACUGGCCAAAGACCCUCGGCUAAGACUACAGCUGUGGGCCUCACAGGCCUCGGCGGCUUUGCGGUCCGUAUAUGCUACUAUUGCCACCGCAGUCACUAGGGAACAGAUGAUGAAAAUUCUAUCAUCCGAAGUCUACCCACGCGUGCAAUCAGUGCAAAUCCGCACUAAAUAUAUCGCUCUUCGUAUACUAAAGUACUGUUCUGUAACUAGUGGGACUAGUAGUGACGUCGUAGCUGGGACUAGUAGUGAUGUUAUAGCUGGGACUAGUGACAGUGCGGCUUCUGAAUGCGACUGCUGCGCGUUGGCGUAUGAAGUGAAGCGAGGCGGCGUGUCCAUAGACAAGGCUGAUGCGAUACACUGGUGCCUAGAGUCAUCAGCUCCCGGCAGCGACAAGCUCCUCCAGACUUGUCUGCUAUUCCACCACAACAUACCCUCGUCCAAGAGAAGAGACAUCUCCGUGCAUGGACUGAUGAACGCUCACGAGGAUGUUAGGACUACGGCAGUAUCACUUCUAAUAAACGAAUCGACGUCAUCACCCAUAGAGGAAUCCAUAGACAAGUUCUUGCCUCUAUGGAAGGAGAUUUUUGACUCUAAGAAUGGCACAGACUCCAUCGUCUUGAUGAAAUCUAAGCUGGUAUUUGAAGAUAUAAUGGAAUAUUUGUUCGUGGUUAUGGAAGCCGUGAUAGAGGAAGAUUUGGAGCAACUCCCAGACAAAUUAAGCUCCCUCCUAGUCCUAACGUACCACGUCCUAACCAUCCACCCUUGUGAGGACUACACCGAGUUGUCUUGCGGUCGCUUACUGGCGCUGUUACCGCGGCUGCCGGUCCACAGUUCGGUGCUCAGUGUAGCCACGGCUGCUGGCAACCAUUUGGGAGGCGGUCUGGAAGAAAUUUGUAAGUCGAUCCGAGUGGACAAGUGCCAAGAUGAAGCGACGCUGUGCGAGGCUUGCUUCAUGCUGGUGCACGCGCCAAUAGAUGACGUCGAAAUUGACAGCGUACUGGCUGCUAUUGAGAUUUUACUCACGCGAAGCGACGUAGAACCCAAGGUGCUGAUUCAAGCGCUCCAAAGACUAGAGACCAUCAUCAAUGACAACCCAGAUUUAGACGUCACGAAACUUGACCACAUAGUGUAA